AUGGCGAAUGUCAGAAAAGGAAGAUUAAAGACUGACAAGCUUGCUGACCAGGGGCAUACUGUUGUUGGAGUCGAGGCAUCAGAACUCGCUGUCCAGGCUUUCUUCACAGAAAACGGUAUACAGCAUACAGUCACCGACGUCCCUGCUAUUGAUUUCAAGCUUUACCAGGACCCAGACAACAAAAUACGCAUCUAUGUGGGGGAUUUUUUUAAGUUCAGCAAAGAAAUGGAGGGUGAAUUUGAUGGAAUUUGGGACAGAGCAGCACUAGGGUCCAUACAUUUAGAGGACCGUGAGCGCUACGUCAAACUUAUGGUAUCACUUAUGAGUGAAGAUUGUCAAUACCUGGCUGAGGCAUAUUAUUAUGAAGGCACAUGCACUAUGCAGAGAAUACCACCACCGCAUUCUACUCGUCCAGAUACCAUAUACAAGUUGUUUGAAUACACCUGUGAUGUGAAAAUGAUUGAGCACGUUGAUCUAAAACAGGUCGAUUUCAUCUGUUCCCCUCCUUUUAAGCCUGAAAUUGAUGUCCUGUUUCUUUAUUUGUACCUUUUCACAAAGAAGAAAUAAGGUAUGCAUAUAUUUCCCCAUUGAUUUUUAUGUAAAGGCACUGAAAAUGACUAUACAUGUUCUGAUAGAUUUUUUUUGUGCUGUUGCCGUAGCCGAACCUUUCUCCCUAUAGCUGUCAACUACAUGUAUGUAUGGGUAGCUUUGUUUGGUGAAAAUGUAGGCUGUGUAAUAAGUGAACUUAAUCAAACUUGCUUUUUCCUAAUGUUAUUGAUGUUUGCCACAGAGUUAUGGCGAAUGUCAGAAAAGGAAGAUUAAAGACUGGUGAGUCGUGGGAAAAUGCUGUUCACAGCGGGAAAAUUCGUUAAACAUGAGUUAUGGGGGGCGUCUCGAUAGUCCGAAGGUUCAUUGGUCCGAAAAACGGUAACAUUUUUAUCGGUUUUUUAA